AACAGUGUGCUCAACGUGAUGGUUAAGGUUAGUAAAAUGUAAAUACAUACAUAAAAACGUUGAAUAUUUGAGUUGCAGCGCCUGUGCUCCACAACAGUUAUCUUGUCUAUUUACCCGCCGAGAGUUGGCUUCCGUUACGACGCAAUGUAACGUAACCAGCUUACCCAACUUAACGAAACAGCAAAAACAUUAAAAUACAGAAGUUUAACUUGUUAAAAUGGCAUCUUUUCUGAGUUUCACUCGGAGCAGUGAGGACAGUCUGCAGAGUUUUGGUGUGCAAGGAUGGAAGAAGAGCAGUCAGUGCCGGACCUGGAGCAGAUGCUGAAGUUGCUGUCGACACUCAGUGAUGACAUCCUGCAGACGGAGCGUUGUCCUUUCUUUGCAACAGAAAUUGACUCUGAACUCCAGAAGCAGUUCGCCGUCCUGCCAGGGGGCCGUGGGAUGAACGGCAGUCCCAUCAUUGUCUUCCCAGAAUUCCCAGCCUUCAGCGAGCUGGAAGAAGAGGAGUUACAAAAUGUCCUCAGCUAUCUCACCAGCAUUCCCAGUGUCGCAGCCUCAGGUCUGGGUUUCAUCCUGGUUAUCGACAGACGACUGGACCGAUGGGCUGCCGUCAGGGCCACCCUGCUCCGCAUCGCAGGUUCAUUUCCAGGGAACUUACAUUUGGUUCUGGUGUUGCGUCCCGAUACUUUCUUCCAGAGGACUCUGUCGGACUUCCUGUUCAAGCUCAGCAAGGAUGAGUUCAAAAUGAAGGUUCUGAUGCUGAGUUCGGUGACUGAGCUCCAUGCCUAUAUUGACCCAGGACAACUGACAACAGAGUUUGGAGGCACUCGGGAAUACUGCCAUGACAGCUGGAUCUCACACCGUACUGCAAUCGAGGCCUUUGCCCUCAUGGUGAAGACCACGGCUCAGACCCUGCAGGCGUUUGGUACUGAGCUUGCAGAGACAGAAUUACCUAAUGAUGCUGAGGCCACUACCAGCCUGCUUCACACACACACACUGAAGAAAGUUAAAAUGAAGGAGGAACUCCAGGUGGCGUUGUCUCAAGGGGGCCAUCUUCUUGACUGUAUCAAUGAGCCUCUACAGACAGACCCUGAAUACACCAUGACCCAUGAUGAACUGGAGAACUUAGCCACAGUACAGAGACUCCUGGGCCAGCUGGACGAAACAGAAGCAGCAUUUGAUGAUUUCUGGGAGCGUCACCACACUAAGCUAGAACAGUGUUUGCAGCUCCGUCACUUUGAACAGCACUUCCGUGAAGUGUGUUCCCAGCUUGAUGUGACAUUAGAGCGCUUGUCAGUUUUCUCUGAGGUCAGCCUAAGCCCCGCCCAUGCUGAGCACAUCCUACGAGAGCUCAGUGGCCAUGAGGACAAGGCCUGUGAGGUACUAGACCGUGCCCUCUCUCUGGCCUCUGAAGGUGACAGGCUGAUAGAAAACUCCCACUACGCUGAAGACUCCAUCAGGCCGAAGUGCAUCGAGCUGAGAGGAGUGUGUGAUGGGAUUAGCUCUACUUUGAGGAGCAAGAAGGGCCUCCUCCUCAGGGCGAUGGAGCUCCACCAUGCUCUGGAGAAGGCAUCACGGUGGUGUGAGGAGGGCAUCUUUCUGUUGGCCAGCCAGCCAGUAGACCGCUGUCAGUCUCAGGAUGGAGCUGAAGCGGCUCUGCAAGAGCUGGAGCGAUACCUGGACACAGCACGGCUGCACACCCUCGUUGACCGCAGCGACAUCUACUGCCAGUAUGAAGCAGUGCUCACUCCUCAGCUCAGGGACCAGGUGGAGAGCGUUUUCCAGAAGCAAAGCUCUGUCCAGGAGAUGUUUGAGAAGAGACGCGUCAGCCUGAAGAAACUAGCUGCCAAACAGACCAGACCAGUGCAGCCAGUAGCACCUAGACCUGAAGUGAAGACUCCUCUCUCCUCUCCCAAUGCACAUGGGAAAGAAAGGAGAUACUCUGUAGAUAGUCUCAUGUGCAAAAAGGUGCCUUCACCAACACAUAGCUUCAGCACCAGACAUGCUUCUCUGUCAGAAGAAGAAGAAAACUUGGCAAUACUUCGACGUCAUGUGAUGAAUGAACUGCUGGAGACAGAGCGAGCGUAUGUGGAGGAGCUACUGUGUGUGCUGGAGGGUUAUGCAGCAGAGAUGGACAACCCUGCCAUGGCUCACCUCAUCCCCAGCACUCUGCUUGGCAAGAAAGACAUCCUGUUUGGGAACAUGUCUGAAAUCUACCAAUUCCAUAAGAGGACAUUUCUAAAGGAGCUGGAAGCAUACACUGACUAUCCAGAGCUGGUGGGCCGCUGCUUUUUAGAACGGAUGAAGGACCUGCAGAUCUACGAGGCCUACUGCCAGAAUAAACCUCGCUCUGAGAGCUUGUGGAGACAGUGCUCCGACUGUGCCUUCUUCCAGGAGUGCCAGAAGAAGCUGGAACAUAAACUUGGUUUGGACUCCUACCUCCUGAAACCUGUCCAGAGAAUCACCAAGUACCAGCUGUUGCUUAAGGAGAUGUUGAAAUACAGUAAAGGUUGCAACGGCUGCAAUGACCUACAGGAAGCUCUCUCCUCCAUUCUGGGGAUUCUCAAAGCUGUCAACGACUCCAUGCAUCUCAUCGCCAUCACGGGAUACGAGGGUAACCUGUCAGAGUUGGGUCGUCUGCUGAUGCAGGGCUCCUUCAGCGUGUGGACGGAGCAUAAGAAAGGUCACGCCAAGGUCAAGGAUCUGGCCCGGUUUAAGCCAAUGCAGAGGCAUCUGUUCCUGCAUGAGAAAGCCCUACUCUUCUGUAAGAGGAGAGAGGAGAAUGGGGAGGGCUACGAGAAAGCCCCAUCGUACAGCUUCAAACACUCACUCAGUAUGAGUGCAGUGGGCAUUACAGAGAACGCUAAGGGUGACAACAAGAAGUUUGAGAUUUGGUGUAACUCCAGAGAAGAAGUUUUCAUUGUCCAGGCUCCGACACCAGAGAUUAAAACAACAUGGGUGAAUGAGAUCCGCAAAGUUCUGACUGAACAGCUCAAAGCCUGCAGAGAUGCCUGUCAGCAGAAGAACUCAGACUCCAUUACCCUAAGUCCCACCAGCAACAUCUCCAUCUCCCUCAGUCCUUUCUGGAGCAAUGGUCAAAAGAGCCAGAAGAAGCAAGAUGAAAGAAAGGCAGAACUAAGCCCAACCUCCGAUGUCAACUCCUCCUCCUCCUCACCGAAACACAAAGAUGAACCAGUGACCAGUCCAACCACUGACAGAUCCUCUGUGGCAAAAAAACGUUUUACUUUGCAGGGCUUCAGCAAUCUCAAGAGUCCAAAAGGCUCAGCCCUGAGCCCCGAACACGGCUCCAAACACCACUUGGUCAAGAGUGACCCUACGCCGUUUGGGUUCAAAGGCUUGAACAAGACAUCUUUAUCAGUAGAUGCCUCAGACGAAAAUGACGGGUACUCCAGCAGCGAGGACCCCAUGAACUCUGACCCCGAGGAUGAGGGAGUGAAGAAGCUGGCUCCAGGAAAAUAUACGGUGGUAGUGGACUGUGAGAAGGCAGGUCCUCAGGAGCUGUUUGUUAAGAGUGGAGACACGGUCCAGCUAAUCAGAGAAGGAGAGGAGGGUCAGUGGUUUGUGAAGAACCUACGCAGCAGUAAGGAGGGCUGGGUGGCAGCAGCAAAUCUCCUCAGCCUCAUCUCAGAGGCCAAGUCAUCCCAGUCGCUCAGCAGCUCAGAUGGCAGUGUCUCUGGGAAUCUCAGCACUUCUUCCAGCUGCAGUGAGACCUACACCAGCUUUUCUGAUAUCAAACCCUGACCUAAGAACAGUGUUGGCUUCAUCCAUCCACCUUGUCCAGGUGGAAUUACAAACCCUAAAGCUGACACAAUCUCAUUGUUCUUUUGAUCACACAGACACCCACCUCACAGUUUGCUCACUCCAACCAAAAACCAAAACUAUCAUUGUAUCUGCCAGUAUUGUUGUUGAGUACACCCACCACUCAACAGAAAGAUUUCCACUCUGCAGUGUUAUAUUUUCACUUGAAAUUAUUUUAAGUCUAGGUAUUUUCACACUGUACUUGAAAUAUCACAGGAAAAAAUCACCACAGAAAAAAACUAAAUGUCUUCUAAUAAUCUGAGAUUAUGUAGCAUUAAAGUGGACACAUUUAAAAAAAAUACCUACACUAAAUAUGAGCUGUCAGCAUCUUACACAAUGUUGUUGAACCCCUUCAAGUUCACAACAUCACAGCACAGUGGCAGAUUCUUGUGUGAAACAUCCACAGAUACUAUCAGAUACUUUAGUGCCAGACAUUACUCAGACACUGUGAAAACUGGCAGCUGGCUGCAAGAAAAAAAAAAGCUUUCAGAGCAUCUUGGAGCAUCACUGAACAGGUCGGAUGUUCAGAGCACAUUACUGUAAGUGUUGUAACCUGUUUGUUUGUUGGACACAUGGAGGGUGUAGUGUGUGGCUGGCCAGUGGUGUCAAAGCACUUUGUUUAUUGUUUUUCCCCAUUCAAGAAUGCUGUGUUCAUCCCAAUAUGAGCUUCACUUAAACCUGGUUUUAUGCUAUUAACUACAAAUUAAGAAACACAGUCACAUGUAUCACUAAGUGAGCAACAGCACAACCUAGUGGUCACAUUCUACAGCUACAAGCACAAACUGCAGUAGCUUGAAACAACCUUUGAACUUCUCAGUUUUUUUAUUUAUUUAUUUAUAUUUUUAAAUUGUUUUUAAGAUAAAUUGUCCAACUUGCCUCUGACCUGCUCUGGAUUUACCUCUCAGGAAGCCCAAGAGGUUAUGUGGACAGGCAGGUGCGGCUGCAUACCUGCUUGUGUCUUUAUGUGUGUGCAUUCAUACAUGUUCAUGGGCAAUGUGCACAGAAAACCACAGAUUUCAGCAGAGACAGAUUUACACUCCAUCUCCCAUUUAGGGAUAGUUAAAUUACAGAUUUGUGUACACUAUAGAGAUUAUAGUGGGGCAGGAAGUCUUAUGCCCUCACCUGCUUGGUUAAUUUCUUAUUAACUUUAUUGAAAAUUAGCUUUUUACCCAGGACUCAAACAGAAACACAUGCUCAUAAAUGUCAAAAUCUGUGCAUAUAUACUGUUUUGGUAUCAUGACCACUCUUAUCAUAUACAGUGGGUACGGAAAGUAUUCAGACCCCCUUAAAUUUUUCACU